UAUGUCUAACAGAUAGCCAUCUCACUUUCUACUAACUUCAGCAAGAUGGUAGCCUUCAACAUGUUAUGGAAGCUCUCUGUAGUUGUGGCAUUCGGGCUGUCUACCACUGUCACCUCUACUGAUGUAGCCCAGGAGCAACUUACGCAGGAUACACUGGACGGCGGAUUCUUUUGUGAGAAUGGCGACAUUGCCACUGAAUCUCAAGAAGUAGUGGAAGGAGACAAUACUGACGUAGAAGAACAGAUAGAGACACCCGAGCAACCCAUGUAUUCCGUUGAUUCGCACCUGCUACCCGAGACGGAAAGCGUGUCAAGUCUUCGUGAGGAGUUGCCCUCUGAUAUGGACAAAGAAGUUCUAAAGGACUGUGAGGAGCCACUAGAACCCGCGGGUCAAAGACGUAUUAAGAAGAUUUUCUCAUUGUAUACCCUUGAUUGGUAUUUGUUAUCCGAGCAGGUAAGCAGAACUGCCUUACGUCGUUCGUUACCAAGCUAUUUGGCUGACAAGGUCCCAGAAGACUGUAAUGAACCAAUAGAUCCUGAGGUGGAAGAACGUAUUAGGAAGUAUUUGCCAUUGUAUACCGUUGAAUGGUAUCUCUAUCGCUUGCCGGGUAACAGAGCUGCGUUACGAUCUUCGUUACCAAAGGAUUUGGCCGCAAAGGUUCCAUUCAACUACCGCAGGUCAGUAGACCCCGCAGUGGAAGAACUUAUUAGGAAAUAUUUCUCUCUGUGUGCUGUUGACUGGUAUCUGUUACCUUUGCCGGAAAAUAGGGCUUCUCUACGUUAUACGUUACCAAAGUAUUUGGCCGCGAUGGUUCCAGAAGACUGCGACACGCUAAUAGAGCCCAAAUUGGAAAAGCGCAUUAGAAAGUUUUUCUCUUUGAGUGAGAAAGAGCAGCAGAAAAUCCGUCUAUCUAAAUGUAAUGGUUCAAAUUAAACUGUAUAGUAUUGCUAAGCUCGAUGUAUU